AUGGCGCGAUCAUGUGAUUACUCUGAGAUCAGCCACCAGCCAAAUGCCGAUGACUUUGGGGCGUUGAAGCAAAAAAUCACAGACCUCGAGGCUCGAAUAGAAGGAAGGAGGUCUGAUCUAGGGUGGCACGACCCUAUCCGUUCUGUCAGCACGAGCAAAAGUCCAACAUCGACCACCGACUUGACACUCUCCCAAGAUGGUUCAACUUUCCCACCCAUGUUCUUCCUAGACGCCGAGGUCUUCCAGGAAAGUAGCACAAAAAUCAUAAAGCCAGUUAUUCCGGUUCCGACUGAAGUUGCCAAUACCUUAGGGACGUCGAUACUGGAUAUUCAAGAUGUGGUGGAUCGAUAUUUCGCAAAUAUCCACACUUGGCUACCCGUUGUGUCUAAGAAGCGAAUGGAACUAAACUUGUCAAAUCCAAGCCUUGAAUUAUCUCUGGAAUUGUCCUUGCUAUUGCUCGCCAUGAAGCUCAUCAUUCAAAUCCCUUCAGGCGACUCACAAAGUGUCCGAUCUCCCUUGUAUGCUCUCACCAAGCGAUAUUUCGCAAUGGUGGAAUCUGCCGGUAUCAUAUCAAAUCAGACAUUGCAAGCCAAUAUCUUGAUUAGUGCUUAUGAAAUUGGGCAUGCAAUCUAUCCAGCAGCAUAUUUGACAACAGGCCAUUCUGCGAGACUGGGACAUGCUUUAGGUCUCAAUGAUCGUCAAAACGCCCCUCAAAUCCACAAGAAGAAAGCAGCCGCGUGGGCUGAAGUGGAGGAGGUCAGACGCACAUGGUGGGCAGUUAUGCUUCUUGACAGAUAUGUCAACCUUGGUAGCCAGGGUCAUCCAUUGGCAACAGAUGACCCAGCGAGAAAGGAUAUGUUACCAGCCGAUGACGCUAUGUGGGAUGCAGGAGAGAUGACCACCAGCGAACCACUAUAUGUGUCAUCCCCUACGAAUGUUCGAGCUGGUGCUUUUGCGCGCACUUGUCAGGCGACGCACCUUCUGGGUCGCCUAAUUCGCCUAUUGAACGACAAUCUACUUGAAGCACCAGCACGUUUUACCGAAGCCAUUCAACUACACCGUACCAUCCAAGCAUUAGCAAACCUGGUCCCGGCCGAUGUCCAGCGAUCUCCAGAGCAAUUCGGAACCUCGAUAGCGUUGUGCUACAGUAGCCUUAUUCAUCUAUCAGAUCCUUUUGCUUGUACCGAAUCGAACCGAGGCGAUCACACUGUUGAAGAAACAGAAAUGCAAGGCAUUGCUAUCGCCGGUAUGCGAAACGCCGCCGACGAUGUAUUCUCAUUCAGUCAAUUGUUGAGACGAAGCAUGACUCAGAAUCCAAGUUCCAUUAGCCCUCUCGUCGGCGACUGUCUCUACAUGGCAGCCGCAACCUAUGCAUGGAUUGUGCACGAGACUGGUUCUCGCGAGGUUGCGGAGUCAUAUCACUCUCUGAAAAACGUCCUUGAAAUCAUGAGCUGUCGUUGGGCAGUGGGUGCUCAAUAUUUGGUAAUUUUGAAAAAGGCCCAAGAAACGCUGUAUCCUCAAACUCCACUCUUGCUGCGAUCAUUUGAAAAUUGA